GCAGUUAGGUGCUCUGAUAUGGGUCCAGUCAAAAGCUGUGCGUGUGCGGAAAGAGGCUAAUUCUAACAGCACCUCAGCGCGCGGCUCAGAAAUUGCUUCCCCUAUGUCAUUCCUCGAUCAAAUACCUCCCAUCACGAAUCUACAGGACCCAGAGUUCUCCUUCUUGGUAACAGAGCUCUUCAAUCCACUUGAUGCGGUAAACAGGGAGAGCUUGGGACUGUUCCCCAAUAUUACUUCCAAAAAACGAGAUAUCAUCUCCAGGUUUUUGAAAACUUAUAAAGCCCAUAUCGGUAGUGAUAUAUAUCCAAGUAUACGGCUUGUACUUCCCAAUAAGGACAGUAGAAAGUACUAUAUGCGACAUACGGAAUUGGUAUCCUUCAUUAUUAAGAUGUAUAACAUUCCCAACGAGUCUAAUCAUACCAAAUUACUUCGUGAAUGGAAAACUCAAUUCCACCAUCUCCAGCUCCAGAACUCGGAUCCAAACUUGUCACAUCUCCCCAGGAAAAUUUGUCAGGUAAUAGGUAACCGUCGAAGUCUCCAGCAUAAAAUCACCAAAAAGUACUCUGUGAACCAGAUAAAUGAAGUGUUGGAUCAAUUGUCGAAUGCUACCAAAACUGAAGACAGAAUCAAGAUAUUGAGACCAGUUUUCGAUAAUCUCCAAAUUGAUGAAAUCAGAUGGUUGUUGAAUAUCAUCUUGAAAAUAUCCAAUGCUGGAUAUAUGGAAAGAUUUGUGUUUGAAUUAUGGAACGAAAACUGCUAUGGUCUUUACACGGUAUGUCAUGAUCUAUCCAAGGCAUUCAGGUACUUUAGUGUUCAUGAUUCAAUUGACCAGAAGCAAUUGAUUCCGCAUGUCAACUUUCCAUUUAUACCACAAGCUUCCCAGAAAUUGACGGCUAGUUAUACCAAACUCUGUUCAGAGAUGUCAGAAUUCUAUAUUGAAGAAAAGAUCGAUGGUGAUCGGAUGGUGCUACAUUAUAAUAACAAUAAAUUCAAGUUCUUCUCUAGAAGAUGCAGAGACUAUAGUUUAUUGUUCGGGGAAAACUUUGAAGUGGGUUCUUUAACCAAGCAUCUCAAGAAUGUGUUUCACCCCAAGGUUACUAAACUAAUACUUGAUUGUGAAAUUGUAGCAUUUGAUGCUGAUAGAAAGUGUAUUUUACCAUUCGGAACCUUGAGAAAAGCUGCCAUUCAGGAAGCAGUAAAGGAGUUUACAACAACUGAUAUGUUUUCUGAACAUGGUUGCUGGCCUUAUCUUUUGGUGUUUGAUAUACUCCAAGUAAAUGACACCUCCUUGGUAAACGCCCCUUUGUAUCAAAGAAAACUAGCACUAGAAAAAGCUAUAAUUGAGGUUCCCAACAGGUUGGAGAUCUUAAAGUACAAGCUCUGUAAAGAUCCGAUUGAUAUUGAGAAUGCGGUUAAAGGUGUUAUUGUCGACAGAAGCGAAGGAAUCAUGGUAAAAAAUACAAUGUCAAAGUAUCACGUUGCAAAAAGAGAUAACUCCUGGAUCAAAGUAAAGCCAGAGUACUUGGAACUGUUUGGAGAGAACUUGGAUCUCGUUGUGAUUGGAGUCCUUCCAGGUAUAAAGAACAGCUAUAUGUGUGGUCUUUAUGACACUGAAACUCAUAUGUGGAGAAGCUUCUGUACCGUUGCCAAUGGUUUCACAAAUGAAGAAUUUGCCGAGCUUGACAGACUUAUGAAAGAUAAGCUCUCGAGAGUAUGUCCUGAAAACGUGAUGUUUGGUAGGCGUAAACCUCAAUAUUAUCUAAAUCCUGAAGAAUCGGUUGUUCUAGAAAUAAAGGCUAGAGUUUAUGACCAGAGAACAGACGAAACAUAUGCCACCAAUACCACGUUAAGGAAUCUCUAUUGCAGAGGCAUUAGACAUGAUAAGCUGUGGGAUGACUGCAUUCUGUACCAAUCAUAUGAAGAACAAAGGAGCGACCGGACUAAAGAUAUUUAUGAAACGCAGGACGUUAAUAAGAGAAGAAGAGUUAAAGAAGAGUCGUUUACUGAAACAACUUUUAGAGAAAACAUGAAAGCAAAUAUGGAAUUAUUCAAGGAUUACCGAUUCGUGGUUCUCUCUGAUAAAUUAGAUCAAGUUGAAAACAUGAGAAUACUGCUUGAAAGUUUGAAAAAUCUUAUCAAGAAAUUCGGUGGAGAGAUCAUUACAAGCCCAUCGUAUUCGAAAUCAAAGCCAUGUUUGGUUAUCUCCGAAAAGCUUACACCGAGAUGCCGGGCCUAUGUAGAACUAGGGUUAGAUAUAGUACACCCUAAUUGGUUAUUCUACUGCAUAGAGUAUGGAAAGAUUAUUCCGAUGGAAUGUUUGACUGUGUUUGAAUCCAAAAACAAGGUGCCCGAAAACUUUGACGAGUAUGGGGAUAGUUUUGCAGUGACUCCCAGAAUGAAUCUCAAAGACUAUUUGCUACUGUUGAAAAUAGAGAAGUCCCCAUCGCACCAAAUUAUAAAUGAUUUGAGUGGGGAACUCGAAUCAUACCGGUUGCUAAAAGAUAUCUUGGCAGGAUCCAAAUUUCUAAUCAUUUCCAACGGCAUACAAUGUACUAAAACUAUUUUAGCAACCAAAAUCCAGCAGUUUGGAGGUACAGUAGUGGAGAAAUUGCCAUGUGAAUAUAUAAUAGUCCCCCGACUGUUGUACAAAAAGAGCCGAAAAGCAAUGCUCUCAGAAGUUAGACGGCUUCUGCAACAAAUCAGCAACACAUACACCAAAGGGACCCGUAUACCCAACAUUGUGAUAGAGUCAUUUAUAGACAGCACCAUUGAAUCCAGCGUAAAAGUGGAUCCCCAAGACCAUAAAGUGCUCUAAAUCCGACAUGAAGCAAUUUUAACCUUGUAAUCUCCACCGAAACAAAGCAAGCUCAUGCAAGGAAAUCAGGUUCGAGUGUUGCUGAUGAGCGGAGAUC